GUGGAGAGGUUCAUGCUGCCUGAGUGAGGCCGUGACAGCUCUUAAACCCAACAAUAAUACUAGUCAGACACCUCCUGCUGCUGUUGUCCUGGUUAACCCUUACUCCUGUGGUCGCUAUUCCUGUUCAGUUUUUACUCUUGAGGCCGUUGUUCUCAGGUCAGUCCUUCCUCCUGUGGUCGUUCAGAAGGCAGUCUUUGUUCCUGUAUUCGUUGCUGCCAUAUUAGUCAUUGCUUUUUACUGUAUCUAAUAGGUUACUGUUUCUGAUGUUUAGGUCGCAAGGACACCAGAGGAAAUAUAUCACUUUGAUCUGUUUUUGGGGGUCUCCUAGGUAAUCUACAUGUUUUUAUGUAAGAAAAUUGUAAAUCAUCCAAUAUUGUGUAAACUGUACUAGAAUAAGUCCUAAUUCCUGUUGUCCUUCCCAAGUCCAUUCUAACUUCUGCUCUUCCAUGGGCCUUCCCUCUGCUGGCCCUCCAGGUCCGUCCUUCCUCCUGCUCACCUUCCCAGGUCCGUCCUUCCUCCUGCUCACCUUCCCAGGUCCGUCCUUCCUCCUGCUCACCUUCCCAGGUCCGUCCUUCCUUCUGCUGCUGUCUGCGCUGUAUAACCCUUGUGGUUUAGCGCUUCUUUUUUAUAAUAAUCCUGCUGCCGUUCCCAGGUCUAUCCUUAUCCCUGCUGCCCUUCCCAGGACCGUCCUUCCUCUUGCUAUCAUUUCCAGGUCAGUUGUACCUUCCAUGGUUGCUCUUCCCUGGUCAGUCCUUCCUUCAAAGACUUUUUAGAUUUGGCUCUUCUAAAGAUUAAUGUUCUUGCACCGGCCCCUCCAAAACUCAUUGUUCUCAGGCUUGUGGUUCUUCCUAUGGUCAGUUAUCAGGGUCAUUUGUUGACCUUUUGGUACGUGCUAAGAGAUGAGGACAUAUACUCUGGGACAGAAAGUCAAGAACUUUGCCAUUGCAUCGAGGGUGAUUGUAUUGGCACUACAGGCUGUAUCAAACCUUCUCAUCCCCGAUCAUCAGGCUGAUGCUUUCAUCUCUCCUGAAGAUCCUAGUGUACCGGUAUCAUGGCCAGACCAGCUUGUUAAAAUUCUCUUGGGUGGAUUAGUGCGCUGGGAUGCCCAGUACUUCCUACACAUUGCACAGUAUGGCUACACACAUGAGAACACACUUGCUUUUUUUCCACUCUUUCCUUUAACAGUGCGUUUUAUCACUGUAAUUUUGAAUGUGCCAUUGCAGUUUAUAUUUAAUUAUUAUAGUGUCCUUCUAAUAUCUGCAGUAUUGAUAAACUUUUAUCUGUUCAUAAAGACUGCAGUAGUUUUUCAUAAAUUGAGUGAAGAAGUGCUAAGGAAUCAAGUCUUGGCAUAUCGAGCAGCACUGCUCUUCUGUGUGAACCCGGCAAGUGUGUUUUUCACUGCACCAUACUCAGAGGGACUAUUUGCAUUCUUAACAUUCUCUGCCCUCUUGAUGAAUGAGACCAGGAGCACCUCUACUGCUGCCAUGGUGUUUGGAUUAGCUUCAUCAGCCAGGUCAAAUGGUUUGGUUAAUGUUGGAUUCAUACUCUACAGAAAACUUCAAGACUGCUCAAAUUAUUUCUAUAAAAUUCGGAAUGCAACUACAGAAUCUGGCCAGCUGUCCCUUCUACUGGUAUUGGUUCUGACAUUCAACUAUACUCUCAUACCUCUGUUCAUUGGUUGCUUCCUGGUCAUCCUUCCAUUUGCCCUCUUCCAAAUGUGGUGCUAUAAUAUGUACUGUGGUGAAGAAGGCAGUUCUCCUUCUCUUGCUCCUCAUCUCGAGAUGUUUGUACGCUCCAACUUCUUGCACUCCCCAGAUCUUGGUGAAGCUGAAUGGUGCUACAACUUUCCUCCGCUUGCAUAUUCUCACGUACAAGAUAAAUACUGGGAGGUGGGGUUCUUACGGUAUUAUGAGGUGCGGCAGGUGCCUAACUUUAUUCUCGCUUUGCCAGUUGUUAUGGUCAUUAUCUGCCAUGCUGCACUGUAUAUGGUUGACAACCCACAGGUUUGUUGGGCCCUAGGCAUUCCUCAAUCUGUGACAGAACAGAGGAGCAGUAAACAGUCUUAUUUUUGGCCAGAGGAAGGCAUCAAUUCUUGGCGAAUCUUCAUCUACACAGCUCACUCACUCUGUCUUUGUGCUUUCUGUGUUCUCUGCAUUCAUGUUCAGGUGACCACAAGACUGUUGUGCUCUAGUUGUCCAGUUGUGUACUGGUUUGCUGCCCAUCUUAUCUCCGACCAGCCCAAGAACUCGGCUGAGGAAAACUCCAGAGAAAACGAAGAUGACCUGGCUGAAUGCCUCUCCAACAUGACUAAGCGUUACCAAGUUUCUCUUCUCUCAGAGUUGCCCAGACCAUUUUGGGGACAAGUUAUUUUGUCAUAUUUUAUACUGUAUUUUUUGAUAGGUAUAAUUUUGUACUCCAAUUUUUUACCAUGGACCUGAAAUGGAUGAUAACCCCUCUCCCCCUUCCACCAGAAUAAUUUAUUGAGAAUAUAUUUCUUAUUUAUUUGUUGAUAUCCUUGUAUAUAUCUGAACAAACUGAAAUGAGCUCAAAAAAUACUUAAAAAUAAAUAGCAGAUGCUAUUACAUUGAACUAAAAAUAAUCUGAGUGCCUGACUAAAAAUCGAGCAAAUCAUUUUUCAGUCUAAAUAACAGUGACUGAAAUUGUUUGCAUAUUGUUUGUUUAUGAUAAAACAGUAAACUAGUCUUGAUAGUAGCAAAUUAGUAUUGACAGUAGUAAAUUGUUCAGAUAGCUGGAAAAUGUUAUCACUAAAUAGCUGAAUGGUUCUAGUGCUUUGUAAAGCAUGUAAUUUAACUAUGAUCUAAAAUUUUGAGAGUACUGUACUUAUUUCCUUAGGAUUUCUAUAAGCUUGUAAAGUUCUCUUGAUUUCUAUAAAAGUAAUUUGGAAUUGUAACUAUACAAGAAAUAAGUGUUAUCUUUAAGAUAACCCUAAUAAUUACAUUCCUGUUUUGCCAAAGACAAAUAUUUCUUAAAUUACAUUAAACUGUAAUUUUUCAGUCUGUCAUAAUAGAAUAAUUAAAAGAUUAAAUAUUUCUCAUGACAGUGAGUUGCUCUUAUGAAACUAAAGCUCAUUGCUCAUUUAUUUGUGUAUGAAGUCCAUAGCACUUAGCUUGUAGCAUACUGCCUAGAAACCAGACAUUUUUCAGUACUGUAUACUUUAGUUAUCCCAUAGAUGGAAGAGCCAUUUUAAUAAUCUGUGGAUUUUUCACCCCGUUAAUCAUUAUACUUGGGAAUACAGUAUAAUGUAAUGUGUUUAGAGUAUUACUGAGGCUCAGGGGCUGAACAAUUCAAAAUUAAAUCUACUUUUUCCACUGUCUCCAGUCUCCUCUAGUCACCUGAUGAAGUUGGACCUUUUGGCAUAAAAAUACCAGUGUUAUAUAUGCAUCUUAAUCAUAAGCUGGAUGGUAUUUUACAAAAUUUAAAAUAGUAUUUCCUCUUUUAUUGAGUUGUAUAAGAACAUUUACAGAGAUAAAAUGAAGUGUUUCAGGCAGACUGAACUUGAAAGAUAAAGUAAGCAAAUUGCUGAUCAAUUUAUGCAGUAUUAAUAUUAAUUUAUAAACUCAUAGAUGAUGUAACUGAUCAUAUCUUAUGGAUUACAUAUUAAUGUCAUACCAAGAAAAAUGCAGUUGCAGUAAUGUAGCUUGUUUUCACUUGAAUAAGAAGUUGAGUAAGGAAGUAGAACUCUGUAAGUAAAUAUGUAAAGUGAGGCAUAGAAUAUAAAAGUACAUUAAACCUUCAGUUUAAUGAACUUUGGAAAUACUGGACAAAAUCCACUGGCUCAGCAGAUUCAAAAACAAUGGAGAAAGUCCCUUAGCUACAGAAUUGCCCACUUUUGUUAGAAUUGCAGCAAAACAAUCUCAUCUCUAUUCACCACCAUUGCCAUUACUUGAUGCCCGCUGACUUCUUUCUCCUAUUAAUCUGUUUCAUUGAGGGUUUCCUAAUUCAUUAAGUCAAAUUAAAAUUCAAUCAAAUUUAAUGAUGCUUGAAACUAUUAAACUGAAUAUACAGUAUACAAGUAAAGUAAAAUAGAAGUCACUUAGAUGGAUUGCAAGAGUGAGUGAGUAUAUAAUAGUUAUCAGAAAAACAAAUUACAAUAAUCAUUCCAAAUUCACAGGUUCUAAAUUCAAUUUUUUCAGUCUUCCCAUUAAUUAUCAUAUAUUUUUAUUAUCACACUGGCUGAUUCCCACCAAGGCAGGGUGGCCCGAAAAAGAAAAACUUUCACCAUCAUUCACUCCAUCACUGUCUUGCCAGAAGGGUGCUUUACACUACAGUUUUUAAACUGCAACAUUAACACCCCUCCUUCAGAGUGCAGGCACUGUACUUCCCAUCUCCAGGACUCAAGUCCAGCCUGCCGGUUUCCCUGAACCCCUUCAUAAAUGUUACUUUGCUCACACUCCAACAGCACGUCAAGUAUUAAAAACCAUUUGUCUCCAUUCCCUCCUAUCAAACACGCUCACGCAUGCCUGCUGGAAGUCCAAGCCCCUCGCACACAAAACCUCCUUUACCCCCUCCCUCCAACCUUUUCUAGGCCGACCCCUACCCCGCCUUCCUUCCACUACAGACUAAUACACUCUUGAAGUCACUCUGUUUCGCUCCAUUCUCUCUACAUGUCCGAACCACCUCAACAACCCUUCCUCAGCCCUCUGGACAACAGUUUUGGUAAUCCCGCACCUCCUCCUAACUUCCAAACUACGAAUUCUCUGCAUUAUAUUCACACCACACAUUGCCCUCAGACAUGACAUCUCCACUGCCUCCAGCCUUCUCCUCGCUGCAACAUUCAUCACCCAUGCUUCACACCCAUAUAAGAGUGCUGGUAAAACUACACUCUCAUACAUUCCCCUCUUUGCCUCCAAGGACAAAGUUCUUUGUCUCCACAGACUCCUAAGUGCACCACUCACCCUUUUCCCCUCAUCAAUUCUAUGAUUCACCUCAUCUUUCAUAGACCCAUCUGCUGACACGUCCACUCCCAAAUAUCUGAAUACAUUCACCUCCUGAAUACAUUCAUAUUUCCUGUAUUUGCAUACCCUAUAUAUAAAAUAAAACAAAAUGUGACUUAAUUGGUGGACAUGACGCAGUAUAUAUUUUGUUACAAAUUAAUCAAGAAAUGUUGAACGUUUUCCUUUUUAGUAUUUCUGGUAAAAUAGUAAAGUUUAGGGUACUAUACAGCAUCAGCAAAGCAGUCCAUUGGACCACCAGCGAAUGUCUAAUAAUUCAGUCCACCGUCAUGCAUGGGCACCAAAGACCCUGUACACAUAUCACAUAUCUGUACAAGUACGUACUGUCCUUUCAAUAGUUUUAAACAUUAACAAGACAAUUUGAAUUGAUGCAUUACUUAUUGCAUUCAUGGGGAAGCACUCAACCCAUAGGGGUUAUAGUGCCUGGGGAAAUGAGAGGCUGUCAAGUUCGAUCCAAGAAAGGGAAGGUUAGAUCCAAUAUCUUAGACCAAGAGCCUCUUACUGACAUCAAGGAACCUCCCUUGAAGGGAGACAUAUUAGAAAAAUAUUCAGUUAUACAUUGGAAUGCUUCUUAAAUAUUCACUCUACUCACUCAUUUGUGAAACUGUCACAAGACUUUAAUGUAGAAAACUAGUGAAUCCAGUAAAAGAAAAGUGUAUUAAAAUGAGCUACUUAUUCAUCCUUAAUAAACAAAUGUGUAAGCCUACUAGCAUUUUAAUAUUUUUUAAUGAACAGGAGAUAGAGUAGGUUGAAUGAAAAUAAAAUAGAAUGUAUGUAAGGAACAGUGUACUCCAUCCAGGAAAUUUGCAAUUAAGAAAAUUGAGAAAAAAUGUACAUUGUUGUACUUCAAAUUUCAGUUUUGGCAGUAUGCUAUUCAGUAUAUUGCUGUAUAGCCCUUGUGGCUUAGCGGGGUAGGGGUCAUCCUCGAAAAGGUUGGAAGGAAGGGGUGAGGGAGGUUUUGUGGGCAAGGGGCUUGGACUUCCAGCAGGCGUGCAUGAGCGUGUUCGAUAGGAGUGAAUGGAGACGAAUGGUAUUUGGGACCUGACGAUCUGUUGGAGUGUGAGCAGGGUAAUAUUUAGUGAAGGGAUUCAGGGAAACCGGUUAUUUUUAUAUAGCCGGACUUGAGUCCUGGAAAUGGGAAGUACAAUGCCUGCACUCUAAAGGAGGGGUUUUGGGAUAUUGGCAGUUUGGAGGGAUAUGUUGUGUAUCUUUGUACGUAUGUGCUUCUGAGCUGUUGUGUUCUGAGCACCUCUGCAAAAACAGUGAUUGUGUGUGAGUGAGAUGAAAGUGUUGAAUGAUGGUGAAAGUGUUUUCUUUUUGGGGAUUUUCUUUCUUUUUGGGUCACCUUGCCUCGGUGGGAGACGGCCGACUUGUUGAAAAAAAAAAUAAUAUUCAGUAUAUUGCUGUAUGACCCUUGUGGGUUUAGUGCUUAAUUUUGAUGGUAAUAAUAAUAAUAAUAAUAUUCAAUCUAAAUUAUUUCAUAUUUAUAAGCCUGGGUUCCAUAUGUAAUUGCAUCACAUGAGUGUUAUCCCUCCGUCCAUUAUGAGUAAAAUAAAGUAUAUGCAUUAUUAGCCCUUGAAUUUUCAGCUAAUCUACUGAAAGUUGUUAAUGUCAUGUGAACAAGAUUAGUGUAAAUAUGAAAUUGUCAGCAACAGAUGUUUUCCAGUUAGCUAAAAAAGAAGUUAAAACAUUUAACAAUAAACUAAUGAAUAAAAUUUAAAAAUCUAGUCAUUUUAUUGUAGAUAUUGCUGCCUCGGUGGGAGACGGCUGACUUGUUGAAAAAAAAAAAAAUUGCUUAGCCAUUAAUCAGUGAACAGGUUAAAAAUCUAGUUAUUACAUUUCAUUGUUGAUACUGUUGUCUUGAAUAAAAAAAAUGGCAUGACAAUUUAUACACAAUACAAUUUUACCAUUACCUGUAAUGGCAUAUUUUAUUUACAUAAAUUGUACAUUCUUAAAAGUACUGUACUGUAUUUUGCUUGUUAGUACUCAGUAGUCUAUGCCAUUUUUCUUUACAUAAUGAAUCCUAAUGAAAUGGGUGCUAAAUAGCCCACAUGAGUUUAGCACUUCUCAAGAAUAUUUGAUCUUGUAUAAUAAAAUGAAGCAACACUU